UGAGCUCUCUUUCUAGGUGGUCGGGUUUCAUGAAGGACAGGCGAACUGUCUAAACUGUCUAUUACCCGAGAUCUCCGUGCGCCCAUGCGUAUCUUAAACCUGCAAAGUAUAAGUAGGUUUUCUAGCUCUCUCUUUGUAAAUUGUAAUCGGGAACUGGGAACAGAAGUGAAAGACCGAAAAUGAGAAUUCAUGGAUGGUUUGUAUGGAGAAAUCUGUCUCAAGACUUGAAAGGAAGAUUGAACUCUCUAUCUACCUUUGCUCCAUGCAUGCAGAACUUGAGAUGUUUGGUUCGUUCUAAAAUGGCGAUUACUCUCAUUUCUACUUCUCGCUCUUAUUCGACUGAACCGAAUACACAGUUGUCCACUGACCUCAUCAAGAUCAUGGAACAAAGACUGUCCUCAAUUGAACAGAGAAGUGCUUGCCUUCAGGGUCUGAUGAACAAGCCAGCAGCCUCACCCGCAGAAUAUUCAAAGGCCAACAAGGAGCUUCGAAAACUCAGUAGCACUAUGGACCUCAUCAAUGAACUAAGGGCCAAACAGAAGGAGAUGGAGGGUUUGAGGUCAAUGAUGGCUGAAUGUCCUGAAGACAAGGACAUGAUUGACAUGGUAGCUGAGGAGUUGGGUGAAGCCAUGGAAGAGGAGAAAAGGCUGCAGUGUCUCCUGCUAAAAGCAUUGCUUCCUAAAGAUGAUGCUGAUGAAAGAGAUUGCAUAUUGGAAGUAAGAGCAGGGACCGGAGGGGAAGAGGCCUCUUUGUUUGCAAUGGACAUAUUCAAAAUGUAUGAGAAGUACUCACUGAAAAAGGGUUGGAGAUUUGAGGUUGUAGACAUAACAGAGUCUGAUCUUAAAGGAUAUAAGGAAGCUAGUGGAGCGAUUACAGGAGAUGGUGCUUAUGGGAAACUUAAAUUUGAGAGUGGCAUUCAUAGAGUACAGAGAGUUCCUGUAACAGAGAAGUCUGGACGCGUUCACACCAGUGCUGUCUCUGUUGCUAUCCUCCCCCAAGCUGAUGAGGUAGAUGUUCAGUUGCGGAGUGAAGAUUUGAGAAUUGAUACUUACAGAUCGGGUGGGUCAGGUGGUCAGCAUGCAAAUACAACAAAUAGUGCAGUAAGGAUAACUCACAUUCCAUCAGGAAUUACUGUAUCGAUACAGGAUGAACGUUCGCAGCAUAUGAACAAGGCCAAGGCACUUAAAGUAUUAUGUGCAAAGUUAUACGAAAUGGAGAGAUCUAGAAUUCAGACAACCAGAUCAAGACUUCGAUCAGAACAGAUUGGAAGUGGGGACAGAUCUGAACGCAUCCGAACAUACAACUUUCCCCAGGGACGUGUGACAGAUCACCGUGUUGGGAUAACACACCAUUCGAUUAAUGAUGUCAUGCAGGGGGAUAGUCUAGAUGUCUUCAUUGAUGCUCUUCUCUUGCAGCAGGAGAUGGAUGCAAUUACAUCUUUCAGUUCAAGGCAGUGAAAGAUGUCGACGAUCUCGUACAGUCGUACUACUAACAUAUUGAAUCUCAUGCAAUUUGAUGGUCUAGAUAUCCUCAUUUAUGGUCUGUUGCAGCAGAUUUGCGUCUUUCAGCAGAUGCUCCUCUUCAUUUAUGGUCUGUACUGUUAACAUUUUUGAAUUUCAUUCCAAGGCGCAUAAAAAUUUCAAAUUCGGCAAGGUUUGUGCUUCUCCAUUUUGGGCAAUGAACAUUUAAAACCGACUUUUUGGCGGCAUUGAUGGAAAUCGUCUUUUUUCCUACACAAAUUAUGGAGCCCCUGUGAUUCCUGCAAAAGGCUUAUUUAUUUAUUUUUCUUCAAAACCGGUUCAGAGGAGUCAGUUUAUGUCCCAGCUAUAGUCUGAACUAGUCUGACCCGAUACAACCCCUAUAGAGGUGUAUCGGGGAGCUACAUAUCGAUACACCUCGACAGUUUUUACCUAGAAAAAA